CUAACAACUCCUCCACAUCCUACAGUGUCCGCCUCUUCGAAAGUGAAAGUGGCAGAACGGAAGAGUGACCCAGGAUCUAAGCGCCUUAAAUAAGAUGCGAUCACAAACGGCGACUGUACAGUGACUGAGGCUCAGAAUGUAGAACGAGAUGUGAGCCAAUUUGCUCUCAACGUCUGCAUCUCACGCUCAACUUGAUCCGCAGGCACUUACGCUGUUGCAGUAUGUCCGGACACGGGGCAGUUUGACUUGAAAAUGCGGGUUAAGUACCGGGUGAAGGUGUGAUUUGCGGCUGACCUGGUGGGAAGGUGAGCUGGAAACUGAGAUGAAGCUGCUGCGGUGAGGAAGAACGGUCACCUCUUACUCCCGACGCUUUCGUGGCAGGUCCAAUGCAUCAAUUCAACCAAGACGACCCUUUUUGAACAAAAGCUUGAAGAUUUCCCAUUUGAAGAAUGAAAAUGUUUUUCCAGGCCAUCACCUUGUAUUUUGAAUUUGCCAUAUGGUAUUACGGUACUAGAGCCUCUGGAACUCAGUGUAAAAUACAGGAUCUGGUUGCGGAUUGCAGUCACUUAAAGCUCUCCAGCGUCCCUUCUGAUCUUCCGGUCAACAUCACAGUGCUAAAUCUCUCCCAUAACCAACUGAAGCACUUGCCAGCUUCUGCACUGUCUCGGUACAGUCAGCUUCAAGCUUUGGAUUCCGGCUAUAAUGUUGUCACUAAAAUUGAAGAAAACCUUUGCAAAGUUCUUCCAUUCCUGCAAAUGCUGGGGCUUGAACACAAUCAGUUGUCUCAGUUGUCUGUACAUUAUUUCUCAUACUGCAGCAACCUGACUGAGCUGUACAUUCAGUUCAAUAGAAUCAAGAAGAUCACAGGUGACCCUUUCACAAACCUUCAGGAGUUGACAGUCCUGGAUGUGUCUCACAAUAAAUUGACUUCUGCCAAACUGGGAACUGAACGACAAUUGCCAAAGCUGCAAAGAUUGGUGCUGUCUGCAAACAAGAUCACACAGUUAAAGAAUGAUGAUUUUGAUUUCCUCAACUCUAGCACACUGUACCAGCUGGAUUUGUCAUCCAAUGGCAUUACUGAGUUUGAACCUGGUUGUUUCCGCAAAAUUGGAAGUUUACACGGUCUACUUUUGGACAAUGUUGUUCUCGAUCCCAGGCUUGCCAAGCAUCUCUGUGGAGCAUUAUCAUACACGGACAUUGCUGAGCUUUUUUUGAGGAACACCCACCUGAAAAUAGAGAGGUCUACUUUUGCUGAAUUAAACAAAACAAACUUGACAGUUCUUGAUCUGUCAAACAACAGAUUAACUACGCUGCAAAAUAAUUCAUUUCAGUGGUUGCGCAGCUUGGAGUAUCUUCAGCUUGAAAACAACAGCAUUAAACAUGUCAUUCCAAAGACAUUUGCUGGAUUGGAAAAUUUGAGAUAUUUGAACUUGAAGAAAGGCCUCACCCAAGCAGAAUCUGUCAUCGAUGAUUACUCAUUUCAGGAGUUGGGAAACCUCGUGGAACUCAAUCUAGAAGACAAUAAUAUUGCACAUAUUAAAGCACAUACUUUCUCAGGCUUGAAAAAUCUGAAAUACCUUAGCCUGUAUAAGACAUCUGUGGUCGAUCUAAAGACUAUCACUAAUGAAACUUUCAUGUCACUUGCAGAGUCUCCCCUUGUCAGUUUGAACCUCACAAAAACAAAAAUUUCAAAACUGCAGCCUGGAGCUUUUUCCUGGUUAAAGAAACUGAAGAAGCUGGAUAUAGGCCUCAAUUCCAUCGCUCAGAUCCUAACAGGAGAGGAAUUUCGAGGUCUAACUGAGAUAGAGGUGAUGUAUCUGUCGUAUAACUCGAAAUUGAUUUUGUCUUCAAGAUCCUUUGUACAUGUCCCUUCUCUGAAAAUCUUGAUGCUUAGCAAAUCAGCAAUUGUCUCAUUGAGUCUUCAACCUUCGCCAUUUGAUUGCAUUAAGAAUCUGACUAUCCUUGACCUCAGCAACAAUAAUUUAGCCAAUUUAGAUAAGGAUGUUUUCCGUGAGCUUCAGCAUCUUCAAGUUUUAAUGUUACAACACAAUAACUUGGCACGGCUUUGGAAGAGUGUUAAUCCUGGAGGUCCAGUUCUUUAUCUAAGUGGUUUAAAAGAGCUUCGGAUUCUGGAUUUGCAAUCCAAUGGGUUAGAUGAGCUCCCAGAGAAAGCUUUUCAAGGAUUGUAUAAACUGAAUAAUUUGGAUUUAAGCUUGAACAACUUAAACUUUCUUCCAGAUGUUGUAUUUGAUGACCUGAAGUCUCUCAAAUUGCUUCAUAUGCAGAAAAAUCUGAUUACAUCUGUUGAAAAAGAUGUUUUCAACCAAGUAUUUAAUAACCUAUCAGUUCUUUAUAUGGGAUUCAAUCCUUUUGAUUGUACUUGUGAAAGUAUUUCCUGGUUUGUUACCUGGCUCAAUAAGACCAAUAGCACUGUCCCUGGCUUGAAUAGUCAAUACUUCUGCAAUACUCCACCAAGUUACCACAACCAUACAGUUGUAGCUUUUGACAUAUCACCCUGCAAAGAAAUUGUUCCUUUCAAGGGUGCGUUUAUCAUCAGUAGCAGCAUUAUACUUGUUUUCAUUUUUGCUGUGUUUCUGAUUCACUUUAACGGAUGGUGGCUAGAAUUCUAUUGGAAUGUUUGUGUCAACCGAAUAUUUGGCUUUAAGGAAAUAGACCAUCAGGGAAUUCAGUUUGAGUAUGAUGCAUAUAUAAUUCAUGCCAAAAAUGACAUUAACUGGGUCAACAAAUAUUUAUUGCCUUUGGAGCAACAGGACCAAAAAGCUAUGUUCCAAUUUUGCUUGGAAGAAAGGGACUCUGAGGUUGGAAUUUCUGAGCUGGAAUCUAUUGUGAACAGUAUAAGGCAGAGCAGAAAAAUCAUCUUUGUUAUGACUCAAGAGCUUUUGAAGGAUCCCUGGUGCAGAAGAUUCAAGGUACAUCAAGCAAUGCAGCAAGUUAUUCAACAAAGCCGUGAUUCCAUCAUUUUGAUAUUUUUACAUGAUAUCCCUGAUUAUAAAUUGCACCAGAUGCUGUGCCUCCGAAGGGGAAUGUUCAAAUCACACUGCAUUCUAACCUGGCCUACUCAGAGCGAGCGAAUUCCCGCCUUUCAUCAGAAACUUCAAAUCGCACUUGGUUCAACUAAUCGAGUCCAAUAGCCUUACAUCUACUUCUUGUCUGCAAUUAGUACUCUUCAGUCUAAUACGAGGCAGAAAUAUAAAAAGGCAAAUUUUGAGGCAAAAAUCAGCAACAAAUUCUGGACAAUGUUAUGGAGUGCUAUCCUUCUGCGUUGUAUCUAUUUGGCCCAUCACCUCCUUGCUAGCUGCCUGCAAGAGCAAUUCACCAGUGUAGCUGUUUCACUUUUACCCCAGAGCGGUGCAAACCUUUUCUGUUCAGAUAAUGAUCUUGUUCUCCUUUGAAAGCCACAAACUGAAUCUGUGUCCACCAGACUUUCAGGCAAUGUAUUCUACAUCCUAAUCAUCCGCAGCGUAGAAACAAUUCUUCUCAUGUUGCUGUUGCCUCUUUUGCCAUUAACCUUAAAGCAGUGCCUUCUGAUUCUUGAUCCUUUCACCAUUGGAAACAAUUUCUUCUGACCUGCAUUGUCUAGAUCCCUCUCAUGGUUUUGAACAUGUCUGCCAAAUCAUCUCUUACGUUUCUGCAAGGAGAAAAGCCUCAGGUUCUCCAAUCAAUCCAGAAAACUGAAGUUCCUCAGCGCUGGAUCAAUUCCUGUGAAUGUUUUGCCACCCUCUCUCAUCCCUUCACAUCUAAUGCCAAUAACCUCAGGAGAUAAUUUUCAAGAAACAGUUAUAGCCAUAAAGGGAAAGAAAUGUGGAAUGACCAUCAAAUGAGGCUGUAUGAAUUAAACCAAAGACUACAAAACAAGUUUAAUCACAAUGUUGGGUCUGUACUAUAGACUCCAAAACAAUCUUUCUUCAGACAGGUGUCUGCAAAAAUAAUAGGGCAGUAAUAGCAGGGAAUAUCAACGCUCCAAAUGUUAGGCUAUUAUUCUCACAGUGGCUUAAGAAGGCAGUUCAUCACUACCUUUUCAAGGGCAACUUGUGAUGGACAAUAAAUGCUGGUCGAGCCAACAAUGAGUGAAAGAAACUGGAAUAGAAUUAUUGUGAAAGGAACAGGGGGAGCACAAUUCUAAAAAUGUAUUCAGAAGAAUAUUUAGCCAAUGUAAGUAGGAGAGUGAACAAGAGAAGGGCCAUUAGUGGACUUAAUUUUAGAGAAUGUUGCUGACCAAGUGGAAGUGCUAUCAGUUGGGGAACAUGUUGGUAUAAGUAACCAUGAAUGGGUCAGACCUAAGUUGUUACAGUGAAGGACCAAGAUAGACAAGGAGAAAUGUUCUUAACUGUGAAGAAGUUAGCUUUUCUAAACUGAGAUAACAAAGUGUGAGGCUGGAGGAACACAGCAGGCCAGGCAGCAUCAGAGGAGCAGGAAAGUUGAUGCUUUGGGUCAGGACCCUUCUUCAGAAAAUGUUACCUGUAGCUUUUUUUUUAAAAACAACUUUGUAUUUUCUCAACUGAGACUUGCUGAAGGAGACUAGAAGCAGCUACUUUCAGAUAAAUCAGUGCCAUGUACCACCCAGAAAAGGUUAGAUAGGACUCAAAGCAAUUUGCUUUGAAGAAAAAAGUUUGGGAUAAUGAUUCUAGAGCCCUCUGAAUCUGAAGAGAAUGAAAGAAAAGGACAGUGAAAAAGAGAAACUUGACAGAUAUGGGGGUCUGAAGGCAACAGAAAAAAAACUAAAGGUACAUAAAUAGUGACGGCCUGAAAUUAAAAUCACACCAGGAAAGUAAAAUCAAGAUUGUGCCCAUAAAUACUUCGAAUCAGGAGGCUAACCAGAGUAAGAACAGUAUUUAUUAGAGACUAUUCUACAGUGGGGGUGAGUGUAGGCAGCCUGAGGUCUCCCAGCACCUGUAGUGGUAUUGAGUGUGGAACAAUAGAGUCUAACGCAGAGGAGAUCAAGACCAGAGAUAAUAAAGUGUGGAGCUGGAUGAACACAGCAGGCCAAGCAGCAUCUCAGGAGCACAAAAGCUGACGUUUCGGGCCUAGACCUUUCAUCAGAGAGGGGGAUGGGGAGAGGGAACUGGAAUAAAUAGGGAGAGAGGGGGAGGCGGACUGAAGAUGGAGAGUAAAGAAGAUAGGUGGAGAGGAGAGUAUAGGUGGGGAGGUAGGGAGGGGAUAGGUCAGUCCAGUGAAGGCGGACAGGUCAAGGAGGUGGGAUGAGGUUAGUAGGUAGGAAAUGGAGGUGCGGCUUGGGGUGGGAGGAAGGGAUGAGUGAGAGGAAGAAUAGGUUAGGGAGGCAGAGACAGGCUGGGCUGGUUUUGGGAUGCAGUGGGUGGAGGGGAAGAGCUGAUCUGGCUUUGGGAUGCAGUCGGGGGAGGGGACGAACUGAGCUGGUUUUGGGAUGCAGUGGAGGAAGGGGAGAUUUUGAAGCUGGUGAAGUCCACACUGAUAGCAUUGGGCUGCAGGGUUCCCAGGCGGAAUAUGAAUUGCUGUUCCUGCAACCUUCGGGUGGCAUCAUUGUGGCACUGCAGGAGGCCCAUGAUGGACAUGUUGUCUGAGGAAUGGGAGGGGGAGUUGAAAUGGUUCGCGACUGGGAGGUGCAGUUGUUUAUUGCGAACAGAGCGGAGGUGUUCUGCAAAGCGGUCUCCAAGCCUCCGCUUGGUUUCCCCAAUGUAGAGGAAGCCACACCGGGUACAGUGGAUGCAGUAUGCCACAUUGGCAGAUGUGCAGGUGAACCUCUGCUUAAUAUGGAAAGUCAUCUUGGGGCCUGGGAUGGGAGUGAGGGAGGAGGUGU